GGUGUCAUUUGCGAGGUUUUGUUUAAUAUUUUUUUGUGUGUGUAAAUUGUAGGCUCCAGUGGGAUAUUUGUAAGUAGGCCUGCAGUCCCAAAAUUCAUGAUUAUGUGUUGUAUAAUUGUAUUUGAGAGGAAUAUUUGUAUCUUUGUCUGCUAAUGUGUGUUACAUUGCUGUUUGUGACUUGAGAGUUAGUAUUUGAAUGCGCUUGCGAGGUGUUUUCAUUUGUGUGGGGGUCUCCUGUGCGUUGUGUGUGUGUGUGUGUGUGUGUAUGAAGGCUUAUCAUCUCACAGCAGCUUUCUGUCAGGGCUUCUUGGCCAAGCGGCUAUCAGAAAGAACACACUACUGUCACCAUAGGAAACUCACCCCUGUCUUUUCCCUUAGUCUGUUGUCAUCGUGAGGGAUUGUUCUGAGCCACAUUCACCAUGUAAGUAGUAUGCACCCUCAUUAGUAUGCAUUUCAUUUCAUUAAUGUCACAACGCUGUCAAAACUUACAGGUCAGAUUCAAAUGGACUCUCCAGGUGGAAAAGAUGCUGAAACAAACCUAACAGGAAGUGCAACGAUGGAACUUCCUGUGCUGACUCAACCUGGCCUUGGGGAGACCACAACGACAGUGACCACUAUCACACAAACAGGGGGAGACUGGAGCACAGGACUGUUUGACGUGUGUGGUGACACCAGCACAUUUCUGAUGGGUGCGUUUGUGCCGUGUUGUUUGGACCUGAGUCUGGCUCAUCAGUAUGGAGAAUGCGUGUGUCUGCCUAUGCUGCCCGGCUCCACGUUCGCCAUGAGGGUGGGCAUCAGAGAGCGCUUUAAAAUCAGGGGCAGCGUGUGUGAGGACUGGACUACGGUAUAUUGCUGCUACCCUCUGGCCCUCUGUCAAAUGAUCAGAGAGAUGAAGAAGAGACUGAAGACACAGAUCUACACAGUUUCUACUGUGCUGGAGAGCUCCUGAGACACUGUGUGUGUGCGUGGGUACACGGCUCCAAUUUUCUUCUCAUCCGUGUUUUUGGCGAUGCUAAAAGACUGAGGGGCCGUCUCAGCUGUCAGGAUGUUUAUUACCCGGGGUCCUGAACUUCACGCAGGGUUAGACAUAUCAGUACUCUCUGCUUGAAGAUUGAUGCCGCUGACAUUUCAAACUGACGGAGAGAUGGAGUGACAGAUGGGUGGAGAGACGGAUGAGUGGAGAAGAGGGUCCUGAUGACUUCUGGGGCUGUGUAUGCUUUGAUUUCAGAUUGCUCUCUCACGGUACAUAUAGUGCAUAUGCGGGUUUUGCUAUAUGAAUUCAGUUUGGAUUGGCACUUUUUUAAAUUGUGUUUCAAAGUCAGAGUUAAAACUGUUUUGACAUUUCUUCUCUUGUUUUAUCCAAAAUAAAAAUCUGUUAAAAAAAUUCUUAAACAAGAAUAAA